GUGGAAUAAGUCGUGCUGCAUUUCGAUUACAUAGAGAUUUGUCCAUUCUUCAUCAUGUUGAAAUUGGCUCUGUACUCUCUGGUUCUUCUAAGUGGUUCGGCAAACGGAAACUGGGAAGACGGUCGUAAUGAUUCUUCCCACGAAGGCUUGGGAUUUUAUGCGAUGAAUUUGGAAUGUAACGACAAGCAAUCAGCGUGCUCAAAAUGCUUCAAGGGACGUGUCAGCGAAGGUCCAUUCAAAGUCAUUGAACAUGUGUUUGAAUACACUAAGGAUCCUUACAAGAUCGAAUUGAACACGGAAGUUGUAAAUAACGACGUGCAGGCUACUUUCAUCCAAGAGGAUCCCUCGGAGAAAUUUCAUUUUUGCAUUGAAAUGACCGAGGAUAAAGCUGUACCCUCGGGAGGGCUGUAUCACGGGAAAGUGAACUUGUGUUUGGAGAACGACUUUUCUGGAUUAUCGGUCCCGGCUGAGUGCCCCACACCGGUCGCUGCGACCCGAGCCGAGGCUUCCGCGAACGAUAUGAAACCCAUUGGACAACAAGUGCUUUACUGCAUGCAGUAAUAGAGCCGGAAAGUUGGCCCCGGGUGGCGCGCUUCCGGACCCUUCGAGUAGGAAAAUUAGCGUGUAAAAGUCGGAGUUUUCAAAAUUAUUUUGGGUACAUUGAUUUCUUAAGAAAAUCAACGUCGGAAAAGGCCUUUGUAAAAGUUGUUACUUGCAUCUCAAUUUAUGGAAACUGAAAAAUCGCAUGACGUGAAAGAGAAAUGUCGUGCCACUAAAUAGACCUCUCACAUCCGAAAAUCUAUUCGUAUAUACAAAGAUUGAAAUUUACGAAAUACUUUUGCGGCGGUCAUUGGGUAAAAACCGAAACUUAAAUAGGAGACUAAAAUGUUUUUUGGGGACACACAUUUGUUUGUUUAAUAAACUUGAAGGACUCAUUAUCAUUCACAAACAAAUCUAAAAUGAUCGUUGAUAAGAACUGUAUUCAAGCAAGCCCGACUAUAUCUAAAAUCCAUCGGAUAUAGGUAGGUAAAUGUUCCCGUUGUUAUCAUUUUCGUUCUCACGCAAGUACGCGAUGUGAAACAAGCGUGAUCGAACAAGCAGACCUGGGUACGAAAAUCCGGAUGUGAAAGGUCGCAAGCAAAAUUCGUUUUUACCCAUUUCCAACUGAUUUCUCAUCAUUUUUUUCAUCAACAUGAAGGGUUAACGUUACGGUUAGAAAUGUGCCCAUAGAAGGGUCGCGGAGGCUAGGGGUCCGGAAGCUCAAAGACAAAAUGGUCUACUUUCAGGCUCUGUUUUAUUGAUUGCUGCAGUCAAUUUGGUAUUUAUUACUUACAAUUUUGAGGGGCAACAAGUGUAAUUAGGAGUUUACCGAUCCAGGGAUGAAGUCGAGUCUAUUCACAAGUCACAAGAAACAAUAACAAAUUUAGGAAUGAAUAACAACAAAUGAGUGUCUAUGGUCAAAGCGCAUUGAAUAUCUUGUGAUUUGAAUUUGGACUGCAUGACUUGACUUGCAGGGACCUACUUGCAGGGACUUUGUGAUGGAGAUAGGAUAAAGUUUACGUUAGCACCACUUUUGUGAGUUUUACGGAGUGAGGUUCUUAAAAGAACCGAGGAGAAACUCAAUAUUUCGGACAGUGAUACUACGUCCUUCGUCAGGAACUUGACUAUACCCCUGAAACUUGUAUUUUUUUUCUCAAUCACAAAUUGUGUAUGGGUUUAAAUUUUCCACCUCUGUUUUCCUUAUGCACGAUAAUGUCAGUGCCUUUUCGAUUAUUUAUUCUAAAGCACUUGGAAUAUUAAGUAUCCGGAUCCCGAAGCUUAAUUUCUACGUGAUUUAAUGAUGGUUGUGACUAUGCCUGUUUAAAUGAUUAAAACAAGACCAUUCCCCAAUA